AUGCUAGCCAGGCAUCAUGGACCACAGGAGGCCUUUGGCAUUAUGGCGAAGACGCCACAAAGCAGGAAUUAUCAGUGUGUCACAUGCUUGAAAUGCUUUUCUUCUCCAUCCAAACUACAGCGGCACAUCCUUUCACACACAGGACAAAGACCAUUUGUGUGUCACCUCUGUAAAAAGGCAUUUAGGCAACUAGCACACCUGAAACUCCAUAUUAAUACACAUCUUUACCCAAAACAUAUUGAACGGAAGAAGAUCAAUGUAAAGUCUAGCUUGCAUCCAAGUGGAUAUGAAAAUGCCCCUCCUAUAAAGAUAGAUAACUCAAAUGCAUGUUUGCAGAUAGGCUCCUUGGACACAGUCGGUGCAGAGGGCACAUUGGAGAUGGGCAUCAGUCCAACUGCACCUGUCGACAGAGUUGAGGAAAGAUCUCUCUGUUCCUCUCGCUGUACCGCUGAACUCAAUCCCCUACACUCCGAGGUCGAGAAGUUUGAGAAGCACCACACAAAAGAAGAGCCAAUGAGGAACCACGAUGACUGGAGUGAACCUGAGAAACAGACACUGGAUGAGGAUAAAUCCACCAGAGAUGAAACAGUGGACAAACAUGCAAAACUAAUUGAGAAUUCAAACUCUCAUAAAUGCCCUGAGUGCUUUAAGCGCUUCAGCGCACCGUCCAAAUUAAAGAGGCACUGCCUGAUUCACACAGGCCAGAAACCAUUUCAGUGCUACCUAUUCAGGCAUGCUUUUAGGCAGCUGGCCCAUUUAAAGGUACACUACAGCAUUCACUCUGGGGUCACCAAGUCGAGGAACUCCUCACUACCACAACAAAGUCUAAAAUUUAUUUCCCAAACCUAGAGGUCAAAAACCUGGCCAAGGAACUAUCCAUGUAACGUGUGGAAGGUGAUUUAAACAGAAAAUACAUUUGAUAGUCCACCAGCAAACUCAUAAAGUUUCAGAGACUGCUGUGCACCCUGGUAAGUUAAAUACUAUAAUUAAGGCCUACCUUCCACUUCAAACUAAUUGUCCUUCCCAAGUAGAUUUCCAAAACUCUGAAAGUUCUAUAACGUACAACACAGAGCUGAAUGGUAAGAGACAACUAGAUGUUGUUGAAGGUUUAUACAACUUAUCCGAAAAAUUGCAUGACAGUGCAAAACAUGCAUCGCAGGAGCACAUUGACCUCACUCGCUCCUCAGUCAACAGAAACAACAAGUCGCCUGUGUCUAAUCGCACUGACCACACUCAUACAAGCACAAGUAAGGUAAGGGAAAAUCAGUGCAUGAUACAGUGGGAGAAAAAACGUAUUUAGUCAGCCACCAAUUGUGCAAGUUCUCCCACUUAAAAAGAUGAGAGAGGCCUGUAAUUUUCAUCAUAGGUACACGUCAACUAUGACAGACAGAUUCAGAACAAAAAAUCCAGAAAAUCACAUUGUAGGAUUUUUUAUGAAUUUAUUUGCAAAUUAUGGUGGAAAAUAAGUAUUUGGUCACCUACAAACAAGCAAGAUUUCUGGCUCUCACAGACCUGUAACUUCUUCUUUAAGAGGCUCCUCUGUCCUCCACUCGUUACCUGUAUUAAUGGCACCUGUUUGAACUUGUUAUCAGUAUAAAAGACACCUGUCCACAACCUCAAACAGUCACACUCCAAACUCCACUAUGGCCAAGACCAAAGAGCUGUCAAAGGACACCAGAAACAAAAUUGUAGACCUGCACCAGGCUGGGAAGACUGAAUCUGCCAUAGGUAAGCAGCUUGGUUUGAAGAAAUCAACUGUGGGAGCAAUUAUUAGGAAAUGGAAGACAUACAAGACCACUGAUAAUCUCCCUCGAUCUGGGGCUCCACGCAAAAUCUCACCCCGUGGGGUCAAAAUGAUCACAAGAACGGUGAGCAAAAAUCCCAGAACCACACGGGGGGACCUAGUGAAUGACCUGCAGAGAGCUGGGACCAAAGUAACAAAGCCUACCAUCAGUAACACACUACGCCGCCAGGGACUCAAAUCCUGCAGUGCCAGACGUGUCCCCCUGUUUAAGCCAGUACAUGUCCAGGCCCGUCUGAAGUUUGCUAGAGUGCAUUUGGAUGAUCCAGAAGAGGAUUGGGAGAAUGUCAUAUGGUCAGAUGAAACCAAAAUAUAACUUUUUGGUAAAAACUCAACUCGUCGUGUUUGGAGGACAAAGAAUGCUGAGUUGCAUCCAAAGAACACCAUACCUACUGUGAAGCAUGGGGGUGGAAACAUCAUGCUUUGGGGCUGUUUUUCUGCAAAGGGACCAGGACGACUGAUCCGUGUAAAGGAAAGAAUGAAUGGGGCCAUGUAUCGUGAGAUUUUGAGUGAAAACCUCCUUCCAUCAGCAAGGGCAUUGAAGAUGAAACGUGGCUGGGUCUUUCAGCAUGACAAUGAUCCCAAACACACCGCCCGGGCAACGAAGGAGUGGCUUCGUAAGAAGCAUUUCAAGGUCCUGGAGUGGCCUAGCCAGUCUCCAGAUCUCAACCCCAUAGAAAAUCUUUGGAGGGAGUUGAAAGUCCGUGUUGCCCAGCGACAGCCCCAAAACAUCACUGCUCUAGAGGAGAUCUGCAUGGAGGAAUGGGCCAAAAUACCAGCAACAGUGUGUGAAAACCUUGUGAAGACUUACAGAAAAUUUUUGACCUGUGUCAUUGCCAACAAAGGGUAUAUAACAAAGUAUUGAGAAACUUUUGUUAUUGACCAAAUACUUAUUUUGCAAAUAAAUUCAUUAAAAUCCUACAAUGUGAUUUUCUGGAAAAAAAUGUCUAAUUUUGUCUGUCAUAGUUGCCGUGUACCUAUGAUGAAAAUUACAGGCCUCUCUCAUCUUUUUAAGUGGGAGAACUUGCACAAUUGGUGGCUGACUAAAUACUUUUUUUCCCCACUGUAUGCCUGAAGAAGUUUGACUAUCCCUCCAUACUCUCCCGACAUCUAUUGGUCCACAUGGACAUUAAGCCUUUCGGAUGCACCGUCUGUAGUAAGUCCUUCAGACAGCUCUGCCAUCUACAGACUCACAUGAAGGCCCACUACGUAAAAAGCGACAAUGUUUCAUAAAGCAUAGAAGAUACCCCUGACCAACCAGGGGAUAUUAUAUUAAAGAACAAGCCUGUUUCUGAGGUGAAGAGAAAUCAAAGUGAACAUUUAGACCAAGUUUCUCAACCUCAGGAAGCCAGUAGAGACCUCAAUGAAGUUGCUUGUUUCCUAAGCCAGUAUGUUUUACCAGUCAGACCUACCUUCAGUCAUUGCUCCACUGACAGUCUCUCCAACUAUGGUGCUCAACAACCUGCAUGGAACCCCAGUGGGAAGCUGCUACCUGGAUUGGACUGUGUCACAGACACGAAGUCUUCAGUAGAGCCAGUUUCUCUCAGACAAGGACAUAAGACAGACUACAAGAAUACCAGUGAUGUAUUUGACAGCACACUGACACACCAUUCACUAAUAGGCAUUACUAAACAAAGGAGUUGCAUCUUAUAAAAUAAACCCACAAUCCAUGGCAGAGGGCGUUAUUGUUGCCCGGUUUGAUCAAAGCGCUUUGAUGCUCCAUCCAAGCUACAGCGGCAUUCCCUGAUUCAUACAGGACAAAGGUCCUAUCAGUGCCCCACUUUUAGACAAAAAGCUCAUCUGAAGGUGCACCAGUCUGUUCAUGAACAAGGGAAAGAGGCUAAACCCUCUAUUAUUCAUAAUGAAGACAGGCAGACCGAGUCUUUAUCAAGACCGAAAAGGACCCCAAGUUCAAAUGAAAAGGACUUUGUCUUCUGUAAUAGGUGUGAAAAUACUUUUAUCGAGUGGCAGUGAUCUCUCUGCUGUCCCUCUAGCUCAGUCCAACUGCCCCCCAACAAACAAUGUCGACAGCCAAACACUGCCUUCUGUUGCACCUAGGAAAUCAGGGGGGUACCUGUGCAUGGCCUGUCUGAAGAAGUUUGACUAUCCUUCUAAACUCUCUCGACAUCAAUUAGUCCACAUGGGCAUCAAGCCUUUCAGAUGUACCGUCUGUAGUAAGUCCUUCAGACAACUCUGCCAUCUACAGUCUCACACGAAGGUCCACUAUAAUAAGGCCACACUGCAUGGGGAUGAACAACAGAGGAUCAUCAACUUGGCUCAACUGGACAAUGUGGUCCCCUGUAGCUCACUUGGUAGAGCAUGGCGCUUGCAACGCCAGGGUUGUGGGUUCGUUUCCCACAGGGGGACAGUAUGAAAAUGUAUGCACUCACUAACUGUAAGUCGUUCUGGAUAAGAGCAUCUGCUAAAUGACUAAAAUGUAAAUAUUCCCCUAGAGGAUGGGGCUGUUUCGAAGGGACACAUUUUUGCAGCAGGUCUUCAUCAAGAUGAACCAGGCCCAAGUCAAAGUUUAGGAAAUUACGAACAAAAUUGUAAUUGCAGACAAAAUGGUCAUGGUGGUGAAUCAUACACUCACUUCUGUUUAACAGAAAGCACAAACCAAUCAACAGAAAUCAACAGAAAGCAUGAACCAACCCCAACCCCUGAACAGUCAGAAGACAUGAAAACCAUGAAGUCCGGGAAUAACUGGAAUACUGCUGAGGAGAAACUUGUGGAAAAGUUUCCCUCGGAUGAAUAUUAUGGGCAGCAAAACCACCCCCAGCUUCCUAACUAAGCCCUUAUCCAUAUCACCAAGAACCCACCAAAAACAAACAGGCAUAUCCUAUUGCAAACCAACAUGUUCCUUACCUGGAGGAUAGACCUAAUUCACAAUAUGGUGCUAAAGAGGAGGACGGGUUAGAGGUUGGCCUUAGGUCAGAGUUUAAUGUUACAUAUAAGUCAGAACCUCCCAAAGACCUUCAUGUCUGCGCAGGCUGUAGUCAGUGUUUUACCACCAAGAGGAAACUGAAUCAUCACAGGUGUUCUCAGAGACAUUUAGAGAAAGAGAGAAAGGCGAGCUCGUAUCAGUGCGCUAUCUGUUUCAAAAGCUUUGAGGCUCCCUCAAUUGAAAAGACACUAUGUUAUACACACAGGCCAAAGGCCAUUUCAGUGUAG